AUGGCUGUCGAACAUAUAUAUCAAGAUGAAUGUGUAAAAGCAAAUGCAGAGCAUUUUUCUGAGCAAGCAGAGAGUUAUCGCAAUGAAUUAUCUAUGGAAGUAGCAAAACGAUGUGCAUCAUAUAUUCUAAAAAAAUUUCCAUUUGAUCCAAAUAUAACAGAAAUACUUGAUUUUGCAUGUGGACCUGGUCUUAUUGCAUUUCAUCUUUUACCACAUGCUAAACGUAUUGUCGGUGCUGAUGCAGCACAAGGCAUGGUUGAAGUUUUCAAUCGUAGUGUUCAAGAACAAGGAAUAUCACCGGAAAAAAUGCAUUGUAUUAAAGUCGAUUGUCUUAAAGGUGAUCAAACAGAUAUUGAUGGAGCACUUUUCGAUGUUAUUAUUUGCGUACAAUCAUAUCAUCAUUUUGAAGAUCCAUUACAUGUUACACGGGCAUUUGUUCAACGUCUUAAACCAAAAGGACGUUUGAUGGUUAUUGAUUUUGCUAAUGCAGGAAAUAUUGAACAAUUUUUUGAAUAUUUUCUUGGAAAUAAGGGUGAACAUGAGCACGACCAUGGACAUGGACAUGGUCAUGGUCAUGGUCAUGGUCAUGGUCAUGGGCAUGGUCAUGGUCAUGAACAUAAACAUGAAAAUAUUAUAGCACAUAAACAUGGUUUUUCAUCUGAACAAAUGAUUGAUAUGUUUAAAGCAGCAGAUUUACAAAAUCCUCAAGUUGAAUGUAUAUUUACAAUGCCAAAAUCAGAAAUGAAAACUUAUCAAGGUUUUGAAUACUUUAACAAAAUAAUGAAGAGUGAUGUCGAUUUUACAUUUCAUUAUUUUAUGGCUUAUGGUGAUAAAGGUUAA